AUGGCAUUUGCUUCAAAGAUCAUCACAUGCCUCCUCGUCCUUGCAAUCUACACUGCAGCUCCAACAGAGUCACUCCUAACGUGUGGCACAGUGACUACCACAAUGGCACAGUGUAUCAGCUACUUGACCAACGGUGGUCCAUUGCCAUCAAGCUGCUGUGUGGCAGUCAAAUCACUGAAUCAAUUGGCUCAGACCACACCGGAUCGCCGACAAGUAUGUGAGUGCCUUAAAUCAGCGGGUAAGGAAAUUAAAGGCCUCAAUCUCCACCUUGUGGCCACACUCCCUACCUCUUGUGGUGUUUCACUUUCAUACCCCAUUGGUUUCAACACCAAUUGUGACAGAUAUUUCAAUAGAAAAUAUCUCACUACAUACUUGACACCAAAAGAUACAUAA